AACAUGCAAUUCAUGGCCAAUCGACUAUUCUACCACAAGGUAAUUCAAACUUCAAAGCUUACUGAUCUAAUUCUAUCAAUAACAUGUGCAAGUCCAACAAAAGAGUGCAUGUACAGAGAAUGUGAAAAAUGCAAAGAAAGGCAGCUUGCAACAUCUGCCUAUGAUUCAGCAGAGGGAACAGUUUGGUUUCAGUGGAAAAGUGUUGUGGAGGAGAGGGAGAAAAAAAAACAAGACGGAACAAAGGAGACAAUAAAAGUUCAUUUGACAACCAAGGAGAAGGUCCAUGGGACCCUGAAAACACUAUUGGAGGACUUCAGCACCACCCUGAAGGCGAAGAUGGGGAGGCAUGUCCACAACAUUUGCCAUCAACAUGCCUCCCUUACUGCUCUCAAGGAUAAGCGGAAUGGACAGAACAUUGUCCUUCAUAUAGAUUUCGCAGAGAACUAUGUGUGCAAAUAUGGAGAAGAGGUACAGUCCACAUUCUAUGGAGAUUCUCAUAAGCAGACGACCCUCCACACCGCUGUUGCACACACCGCGGAUGGUGUGGUGUCUCUGUGUACAUUGAGUGCAUGCAUGCGCCACGACCCGGCUGCCAUUUGGGCACAUCUGAAAAAGGUACUUGCAUACCUAAAAGAAAAGCACAUGGAGGCGACCACUUUACAUGUUAUCAGCGAUGGCCCUACGACCCAAUAUAGAUCAAAAAAGAACUUUUUCUUUUUAAGCCAGAUCCCUUAUGAGAUGGGAUUCAGUAGGGUCACAUGGAAUUUCCUGGAAGCAGGACAUGGAAAAGGCCCAGCAGAUGGAGUCGGUGCUGCAGUCAAACGACAGGCGGAUGCCAUCGUCGCAAAGGGAAUUGACCUGCCCAAUGCCAAAAUGGUCUAUGAGCAGUUGAUGAACCAGCCCUCGUCCAUCAAACUGAUGUACGUCAGUGAGGAAGAAGUCCAGGAGAUGGAUGGUGUCCUGCCUGAUCGCCUUGAGACCAUCAAAGGGACAAUGGCUAUACACCAGAUUGUAUCCACAGAACCAGGAGAGAUAGCUUGGCGAGUUCUAAGCUGUUUCUGCCAGGAGCCAAACACGUGCCAGUGUUACGGUCUAAAAAAAGUACAGAUGUCUUUGCCUUCAUCAGGCCCAAGUACAUCUGGCAGCCAGCCCAUCCCAAAUGUGCACACGGGCCUGGUUGGGAGAUGGUGCAUCGUCAAGUAUGAUGGGGAUCCGUAUCCUGGGAUUGUAAUAGACGUGGGCUCUGACAGCUGUUUGCUGGUUAAGACCAUGAGCCGUGUUGGCAUUAACAGGUUUUUCUGGCCAAUGCGCGAUGAUGUCAUCUGGUAUCGGCCAGAGGACCUAAUUAGGAUGGUUCCAGAGCCAGUGCCUGUAACAAAGAGGCACAUGAUGCUGGAACCUUCCAUUUGGAAGGAGAUUUUUAAUGAAAUGUAAACAUUUUAACAUUGUUUUUGUUCUUCUGUUCGUUACCAUUUCAGCUGAGAGAUUCAGAUCAGUUCAAAG